GUUACAGUAAAUGUGAAAAAUUCAGACACUGUGAAUGACACCAUCAAUAUGUCACUAGCAAUGCUAGGACUCAGUGGAUCUGAGCAAGAAUAUCAGCUGAGUGUCAGUCGUGGCAAGAAAGGAGCCCCACAACCACUCAUCGGACACGAACACCCGUUCCACAUUGCCAUGGAUUUUCCUCAAGCCGCGACGCCCCUGCCGCCAGGGCCAGGGCAGGCCGGCGCUCCUUCCUUCCCGGAGCGGCCGCCCGCGGACGCCCGCUUCGCGCUCAAGCCCAGGCGCCCGGCCAGGCGCGGGAGCGACCAGGAGGCAGGGCCAAGCCGGCGCUCUGUGGGGAGCUGGGCCUUUUGCUGGGGCUCCCGCCCCUCCCCGGACGAGCCGUGCGAGGCUCCGCCAGCCCGAGCCCCGAAGCUGGGACAGCUCUUCGGAGUCCCCCUCAUGCAGCUCUGUCGGGACGGCAGCCUGCCCGGCACUCUGCUGGUAGGUGUCUUUGGGUGGUGCGAGCCCUUUGGGGGAGAACUCUGGGGGCCAAGUGCCCUCAUCCCAAUCUGCCUCCGAAUGGAGCGAUCACCAGACAGCCCCUAGCUCUGGCUGGGAGGUUGGCCAAUGUUACUUCAAGGAGUACGAAUCGGAGUCAGGCAUUGAAGGACGAGGCGAACACAGCAGGAAGGAUGGUCUUUGACCGGCUUCAGAAGGACCAGGUGCCCUGGCUGAGACGCGUCACAGGGGGCUCUGUGUGUGUGACGUCCCCGAGUCCAGCUGCCUCCCGGGCCCCUUCCAGCUUCUGCCUUGACCCCUCACUGGGCUCAAGUCUCCUUUAAUUAUAUCUUCAUCGGAGGCCACUCAGUCUCACAACUAAAAAUAUUCAUGUGUUUUUGAUUUGUGUUCCAAGGAUUUAAACAAAAAGUUUCCUCCCUGGGCAGGUAUGAAUCUGUGAAUCCUAUCAGAAUGUUUCAGAUUGAAGCCGUAGAGUUGGGGCUGUGUUAUUUCAAAUGAGUGUAUGCAGUUGUCAGCGGUAGCACUGGCUGAGCGUCCAGUGCCUGUCCAAGCACUGCACUGGGUGUCGGGAAUUUUAUGCGAAGUGUAAAAAAUCGUAUCAUUUUGGGUCCAUGCUCAAUACCACCCGAGACCUUGCACCUUUCACGGCCAGUAAAUAGCUGUGACUGUCAUCGCCACUUCACACAGGAAAUAAAGCCCCAGUAAGAAUGUCCUGGCUGGGCGAGCUGGCUCAGGCCUGUAAUCCUAGCAUUCUGGGAGGCUGAGGCGAGAGGAUUGCUUGAGCUCAGGAGUUCUAGAACAGCCUGAGCAAGAGCGAGAUCCCAUCUCUAUUUUAUUGUAAAUAAUAAAGGAAAAGAAAAUCCUGUGCCCAAGGACAUACAUCAAAUAAGUGGCAUCAUGGGUCAUAAAUCCCUCCAGUCCCCUGCCUGUGACUCCUGUUCUCUGUCUACACUGCAAGCAAAGGACGUGAAGACGGAGCAGAGAGGAGUGGGAACAGGCGAGGAGAGAACGUGGUCACAGAAGCUUCCUGGUGGGGGCGGCAGGUCUUCAGCCUGAUUUGCAAAGAGCCUGGGAAGUGCAGGAAGGAGGGAGACAGGGCAUGCAGUCACCUGGCGGGGAAUAAGCAGGUGGGACCCAGUGUGGCAAGAAGGGUUCCCUGCUUGGGGAGGAACGCCCGCCCCUGUGAGGACACAGCCAGAAAAGGAUGGUGGAGGGAGAGGGCGAUUGAGCAGAGGUCUUGAAGCAGCGUCGAUUCACUGAAAAGAAGCAGCUGAUGAGAAAUGUCUCAGUGCUUGGCUACAGAGUGGAUCGAUGGGUAGAAAAUACAGAGAUGCCAAAACACACAACAAAAUCCAAAAUGUGCUUCGUCCCUUCAGCCUGGGCCCUGUGCUCACGGCCUUGCACGGCGC